GGGGAUGGUACUCCUCAACUCACCAAAUUCAAGUUGUCUUUAACAUUUAUGUUACAUGCUUUUACACGGGAAAGGAAUUUCCCCAGGGGUGCAGAAAUGGCAGCAAUAAUUAACAGCAACAAACAGCCAGUAACAAACGUGGCAUCCUCCAAACGGAAAUGCCCAGCAUCUCAGGCCCUCCUUUUCUUCUCAGGCCCAAACUCCUCAGAUACUAAUUUGUGAAAUUCGCCGUUCACACAGAACUGAGCUAGAGCGCCCCCUGCCAGGAUUUUAGCUGAAGUGUUUGUUGGAGGCUGAGUCCAGUUCCGGCUGUCACAAAAAUAGAGCCAAUAAGUGAGGAUCAUCAGAUGAGCCGGUUACACAAGGAGACAUGAACUCGCUUACAUGAGAGGAAUCACGUGCCCUACUCCCACAUCUGUUGAACACGCCAACAUCCGGGUCAAGAGUUACAACCUGAACUCCAGGGAGCGGUAUGUUUGUAACUCGGGCUUCAAGCGCAAAGCCGGGACGUCCAGCCUGACUGAGUGCGUGUUUAACAAGACCAUGAACAUCGCCCACUGGACCACUCCCAAUCUCAAGUGCAUCAGAGACCCCUCCCUGACUCACCAAAGGCCACCCCCCAUGACAACGCCAGCAGGGGUGACCCCAGGGCCAGAGAGCCACAUCUCUUCUGGAAAAGAGCCAACUUUUCCUUCCAAGUCAGAUGCCCCAGGGGCCAGCGGGCCUGCUACUGAACCAGGCUCCAGGCUGACGCCACCCAAACGUCCUACUGCAGGAACCACAGGGGUAGUCAGACCUGAGCCCUCCCAAGUCCCACCUCAGACAACAGCCAAGGCCCUGGAACACACCCCCUCCGUCUCGCAGGACCCGCCCGGUGCAGGUCAAUACAGGGCCAGAGCUGUGACUGCAGCCGUCUCCGUACUCGUGGCCGUGCUGGGCGCUGUGUGUGUGGGGUUGCUCCUGGUGUGUUACAGAAGGUCCAGGCAAAUUAAUCAGAUACCGGGUGUUGAAAUGGAAAGCACAGAGGUCGUGCCAAUGGCCGGGGGAACCAACACAAGAGGGGAGGGCACAGAACACUGACCACACAGCCGAGGAGGUUCCAGGGGACACCGAGGCCAGCAGAGGCCACAGUGAAGGCCCGGUUCUGCUCCAGCCGAAGAGGACCGAGAGCAGACUCGGGAAGCUGGCCCCGGGGAAGAGCCUGCCAGGGUGUCCUGGCAUCACUUAGCGACAGCCCAGCCCAGCCCAGGCACCACCCCCACGACUACGUCUCUGGGCUUAGGAAUGACGUCUGUCCUGCCUGAUCCUGUCCAGCCCCGGGCGUGGGGCUCGGUUCCCCAGGUCCCAGCCGUCGGCGUUCUCCCGGGAGAGAGUGAAGGCGGCCUCAGGGCUUCCAUCAGGGCUUCUAUUGCAUUAGGACAUUUACUCAUGACGGAUUAUCUGCUGGACUCUCCCUCCCUCCCCUCAUCCUGACCUGCAGUUCACAAAGAAAAGAAACAGACCUGAGGCUCUAAGUGAAUUAUGACACUCCUCCUGGCUUGGAGAUGUUUACAAGGAUGACACCAGUAUUUCAGCUCCUAAAAACUCUCUCUCCAGCUGGGUGCUCCACACGCACUGAAGGGAGCAGACAGGUUCUGUGCCCAAGUGAAUCCUCCUGACUGAAGGAUACAGAAAGAAGAAACCUGAACUUGGUGACACUUUCUGUGUCUAUGCAUUUAUAUUUAUAUCCUUGGCUUUUAUAUCUACGUAUGAUAGGAUUUGUGUUUUGAAAUUGUGCCUUGUAUAAACAAAAUAAAAUGUCUAUUUUCAAUACAAAAAAAAUGCACAGA